UCGCACACCUUAGUGUUAAGUAAUCACUUUUACUGUAAAUUAAAACUUGAAUUUCAUAAUGUUUAGUACUUUUUUAAUUUGUUUAAGCAUGGACAAGUUCAAAUAUAUUCAAAUUGUUUUAUUUGGAUUCUUUAUACUAAAAGAAUCGAGCUCAAACCCUUUACAAAAUGAAAAAAAAUGUUCACCACCUUCACAAGCGCAAAACGAACAAUUCCCUUACGUAGUGUUUUUUAGAAUGCAUUCAAACGGAGAAAUAUUAUGUCAAGGCACAUUGAUCGAUGUGAACUGGGUAUUAACCUCUGCGCAUUGUAUUAAUACUACAGGUAUUUCGUUGGACGGUAUUGAUAUUGCGAUGCGAAAUAAUAAAACUCAUGAAAUUCUUUUGAAGCCGAUAAAAGUGAUAKAAACAAAAUACAACGAUGUGGCAUUAAUUGAGAUGGAAAAAUCCAUUAUUCCCUCUAGUAUGGUAGCACCCAUCGAAUUGGCCAAUGAAGAUCAACCUUCUAACAAUACGGAAUGCGUUGUGAUUAGUUUUCAAAAACAGUCAAACAAGGAAUUAUCACUCAUAUAUUGGAACGUGGUUAAUAUUGCAAAACAAACAUAUGAUAAGAGCGAAUGGUACUUAGAAGAUUCGACUUGCCAUUCACAAAUAUGGGACUCAUUACAGAACAUAACCCAUAAUGGAACUCCUUUGGUUUGUAAUAAUCAUCUAAAUGGCAUAUACUCACUCAAUGAACCUAAGAUAUUUAAUAACAUUUUUAAGUACACCAAUUGGAUCCAAAGUGUAAUCAACCCAAUGAMUUUGAAUAAAACGCCUGAAAAAUAUGCAAACAAUAUUGUAUUCAAUGAUAAUUUUUUGUCUGAUUCAAAUUCAACGGUACUAGAAGACUCAGCAGAGUCAACAAAAUCUGUUGAUCCAUCUCCAGAAGCUAAUGCAGAAAAAUCAUCUUAUUGGGCAAGAGAGUCAGACGGUCCUACUUCUUCUAACCCAUGUUCUACAAUGAAUUUAGAAGGAAAAACUGAAUAUGCUGAAGAAACUGAACGUAACGAAGAAACUGAAUCUACUGAGGAAACGGAAUCUACUGAGGAAACGGUAUAUACUAAAGAAACAAAAUAUACCGAAGAAACUGAAGAAACCUCGGAUAAACCUAGCUCUGAAGCAUCUAUUCCUCAAUCUUCAACUACAGAGAAAUAUACUACAAGUUCGAAUCCUUCAACAACCACAACUGUAGAAACAGAAAAAACUAAAGAAACUGAAUAUACCGAAGAAACGGAAUCUACUGAAGAAACAGCAUAUACUGAAGAAACAGUGGUCACCGGCAAAUUUGCAAAAGAAAUGGUUGACACCAAUUAG